GCAUUCAGCAAAUACGUCAGUCACCAUACAAGCACAGCAGUGAAAAACCACAGUCUGAUACAGUAGCAGUAAAUUAUUUGAGCUAUGAGUGGAUGUCCCUUUCUUGGACAGAAGCAUAAAUUGUUCAAAAACAUGCUCCUUCUGAAGGAAGAUGAGGAUGAAUCGCAGAGGGGAAUCAACAAGGCCAGUAAAGGAGGCAUUAUCUACGGCGAGUACCUACAAUUGGACAAGGUGAUGAGCGCGCAGGUACUCCAGAGUGAGUUGAAGGGAGACAAGAUUCACGAUGAACACUUGUUCAUUGUCACCCAUCAAGCUUAUGAACUGUGGUUUAAGCAGAUAUUGUGGGAACUGGAUUCAGUGAGAGACAUUUUCAGAAAUGAACAAGUUCGAGAUGAAAGAAACAUGCUCAAAGUGGUGAGCAGAAUCCACAGAAUCACCAUGAUCUUCAGGCUCCUCGUUGAGCAGUUUGCAGUCCUUGAGACCAUGUCUGCAUUGGACUUUUUUGACUUCAGAAGUUACCUUACCCCGGCCUCCGGGUUCCAGAGCCUUCAGUUUCGCCUGCUGGAGAACAAAUUGGGGGUUGCAGACAGUCUGAGGGUUCCCUACAAUCGCAAACAUUACAGGGAUAACUUCCGGGGCCAUGAGAAUGAGAUCCUGCUGAGGUCUGAGAAGGAGCCGACUCUACUGCAGCUGGUGGAGAAAUGGCUGGAGAGAACUCCUGGACUUGAAACAGAUGGUUUCAACUUCUGGGGUAAACUGAAAGAAAAUAUUGAAGCAGGAUUUAUGAUUGAAACAGAGAAAAUUGAGCAAAAACCAGAGUCUGAGACAAAGCAAGAUAUGAUGGAUGAUCUAAAUAAGCAAAAAGAGGUUUUUGCAUCCCUGUUUGAUGAAAAACGGCACGAUCAUCUCUUAAGCAAAGGUGAAAGGAGGCUCUCGUACAAGGCUUUGCAAGGAGCACUGAUGAUUUACUUCUACAGAGAGGAGCCCCGGUUCCAGGUCCCAUUUCAGCUCCUGAGUUCCCUCAUGGAUAUUGACACCCUCAUGACGAAGUGGAGAUACAAUCACGUUUGCAUGGUGCAUCGAAUGAUUGGCAGCAAAGCUGGAACUGGUGGUUCAUCUGGUUAUCACUAUCUGCGCUCCACAGUCAGUGACCGGUACAAGGUUUUUGUUGAUUUGUUCAACCUGGCCACCUUCCUGGUUCCACGCACCUGGCUGCCCAAACUGAACCCCAGCAUCCACAAGUUCCCCUACACUGCGGAGUGCUACGACAGCUCCUACUCUAGCAGUGAGGACUCAGACUAGGACAUGGGUAAGGAGGCCUGGCCAAUCACCGGCAAGGGAAAGAGAAGACCCCAUCCAAAUGCAGAGGCAGUCAGUUUUGGGGAGAAAAUGUUAAUCAAAUAUUUGAUGUUGUUUGAUGUGCUGUACAUAGGUCUGGAAAAUAAAAGGACAAAAGGGUUCAGCUGAUAGGGAUAAGCAAGCGGUGGGGGCAGAGGGUAUUCAUGUUAUCUGAAAGAUUUUGUAAUAUGGGAGUAUAGCACUGGGGUGGCGAAAAUGUAUUAUAUUCACAAACAAGACAACAAACCUGGCAGAUUACUGAUUUACAGUAAGACAGGGCAUAUAACAGCACCUGCUUAAUAGCAAAGGGUCUACAUUGUAAUUGUGAUGUUAUGCAGAGACUGGUGACUUUUUAAUUGUGAUUGAGUCUGAAGACUGAAGGCUUCACAACUCACAACUCAUACAUACAUAUUUAUAUAUUUUAUAUUUAUAUGAGUAUUAUUUAAAUCAUAAUCUGGGUUUAGACUUUCACUAAAUGUACAUAUGGUAAUUUGUAAAUAUAAUUGUCCGGUUCAUCCUCUGUUUUGAAAUAACUAUCCACAUAUGGUGCAGUGUAAUAUAUGUAUUAUAUCUGUAUUUAACUGUAAAAUGUAAACAAUCUAUUUUCAGUAUAUUCUGGAUAAUUGCAUCCAUGUAUUUACAGGAUUUAUACCGCAAAACUUGUAUAAAUAAAAUGUUUCUAGUGAAUUCUA